AUGGACCCAAACUGGUGUCAGGGCUUCCCUCGUGAUGAUGUGCUCAUCAAACUCGUCGAGGUUAGCGACUCUACAGCGGAACCUAUAGUACACGAUGCCUACGGUCUAGACAAGACCUAUGGCGAGGUGUUGGCGGAUAUCCUGGAAACCCGCGACAGAAUUCGCAAAGCCGCUCCGGCGUCGAGUCUCGACAGCCGCGGCAUGCUCUGUGAAGCUGCACCGUAUGCAGGAUUCCUUGGACUCUCCGGAUACGAGUUCAUUGUUGCCUUCUUUGCCACGCGAGCUCUAGGCGGCGCAUGCAUGCCAUUUGGGGCCGGCAUCUUACCACAGGAAGCGCACUCAUUCCUCUCCAGAUCAAUGGCGUGCGUAUUGCUUCUCGGCAAGGACAGAGUAGCCCAGGGACAGCAAACCAAGGAGUACAGUCAACAACACGACUACGACUUCAGACUCGUUCGCGUAUCAACCGAUGCGCCACCCGUCGCCAGCAACUCCAUCACCAUCGACCACUCCAUCGAACUAGAUGACGGCGGCCCUGGAUUCGUCAUCUUCACGUCGGGAACCACCGGUCCACCCAAGGGGGCGGUUCUCCCGCGAAGAUGGCCCCCAAUUGAAGACACACUCGAGCCGGGAAGCGCGACCAUCUGCGACCGCCCGCCUCACUGGAUCGGAGGAGCCUAUCCAAUGCUGCAAAGCAUCUUGAUCCGUCGUCGCAUGUACAUUCUCAAGUACGGCGCCACGGCUUCCGAUAUAUGGGAUGCCUUUAGAAGCCACAGAAUUGACCACAUGUCUUUCAGUCCUGGCAUUUUCCGGCGCAUGAAGCAGGACUACCAGGAUCGAAUCUGCAAGUUUCCCGAAGAUGAGCAGAGGCUGUACGUGCAAGGAAUUCGAAAUUUGAAGACGCAGUGGCAGGGCGGCGGCAUGCCUUCGGUCUCGAUGCUGGACUUCUGGCGAAACCUCAUCGGAAGACCGAUCGGGAUGCAAUACGGAUCUACAGAGCUUGGCGGGACGGUGACAGGACAUGACGGACUUUCCAAGAUCAAGGUGCGUCUGAGCUUCUGUCCCUCGAUCAAGAAUCCCACCGCAGAGUCUAAUCGAACCUACAUCGGGGACGAGGGCGCCACCAAAAAGGCCUUUGACAGCGAGGGAUACCUGGAAUCCGGGGACAUUGGCCACAUGCAAGACGGCGAGUUGAUCUACGACGGGCGAGCCUCCAACGAAUACAUAUUCUUUGACGGGUACCGAAUCCCCAUAUUGGCGCUCGAACACGCACUGGAUGACCUCCCGUAUAUAUCAGAAGGCUACAUCGUCGCGGUGCCGGACCACGAGGCCAACGAGCUUUGUGGCGCGCUUGUUCGCGUACAAAACACCGACAAUGACGAAAAGGUCACCUUGGAAAAGAUACGGUCUGAUCUCGCCGAAAAUCACGCCACGUACACGCUGCCAGUGGUGCUUCGCAUUCUGAGCGACGACGAGCAAGUGCCCUUUACCAUAACCAGAAGCCCAUGA